UUCAGCCAAUGCAAAUAUGCACACAGUAAUUUUUUCCAACAUUGUUUUGUUUGCUUUUUUUCAGGUCAAGAAUUUUGCACACUCAGGCUGCAAGCUAAGGUCAGUUGAUGAAGGAGGCACACCAUGUACAGAUGCUACAGUCCUCUUUGCACUGGUCUUUUGUGAAUCCCUGGAUUUGUUCCAUGCCAUUCCAACUAUCUCCACUUAGUCCUUGUCUCUCCUUCAAGCUUUUCUGUCUAAUAAAGACUAAUAAGCCGACAAUUUAUUCAAGAAUUCUGGAUUGAUAUUUUUAAGAUUUUUUGGAUGCUGUUUGUUUGCGUUAGGUUAUAAUACCUUCAGGAUCUCCCCCUUGCUCAUGCCCAUAAUAUAUUCAAGUUUUGGACGGUAAACUCAGAGGACAGCUCACUUUUUAGGGUAACACCUCUUUCAUAAUCAAGUUCAUCACAAGAAUGAACUCCUAAAAGAAAUAAAUAUGGACGACACUGGAGAUAAACUGAUAUAUUGGCAACAAUGUGAUAUUGGCAUUAUAUAUCUGCAUGUUUAAUAUCGGUAUCAGCAGUUGCUGUUCACUAGACAACAUGCAUAGCAGCAUUUUUAUGGUCCCCGGUUGUUGAACAGCCUGCCAAAGAGCCUCAGGGUCGCAGAGACUGUUGAUAUGUUUGAGAAGAGGCUCAAAACUCACUUUUUUAAGCAGGCUUUUUACUAAUUGCCAUUUUAAAUUUCUCUUAUUGCAAAUGUUCAUUUUAUUCAAAGUUCUUAAUGUUUAUUUUAUGUCAUUCUAUUUAUUAUCUCUGUUCUUAGUCUUUUUCUUAAUUUUCCGUCACGUUUUUACUUCUUUUACCCCUUUUACUUAGUUGUUCAUUUAAUAUUAUUAUUUUCUUAUUCCAGUCCAUCAGGUUUUACUCUUUUCACCAUUUUUAUCUCUAUUUUUAUCUCCAGUGUUAAAGGUGGCUGUUUCCUCAUGUAAUGUCUCGGUGUCAGGCCGUGUCUCUUUAACAAUAUAUCUGAAAUUCUCACACUGUCUGCGGUCGUGUGUGUGUGUAAUGUGUAUGUGUGGGUGAGUGAGGGUGGGUGUGUGUCUUUGUGUGCGUGUGGGUCCAUGGGUGGGUGUGUGUGUGGGUGGAAGGGUUGGGUUUUUCUAUUAUUGUUGUUUUUAGCCUCUGUGAGACACUUUGAAUUGCAUUUUCUUUUGUAUGAAAAGUGCCAUAUAAAUAAAGCUGAAUUGAAUUGAAUAAGGUUAAGAAUUAUCUCUCUGCUGACUUAACAGCCGGACUGUGAUGGCCUCUUAGUGGUAAUGGUGAAAUGCAAAUACAGAGCCUUCACAUCCUAUUCAGGACAUCAUGUAGGUUAUCUCAAAUAAUGCAGAAUUUCCUUAUUCUGUGAUAUCGGGCUGCACAAAUGAUGGACUCAAAACAUCCAUCCACAGCCAAUCAGUCUUAAAAGGCUACAAUACCUCAGGACUGUAAAACAACUAUCUUAAAGCUAAAUGCAGAAACAGUAACAGGAUGAAAGUGAUACUGAGGCUAAAACAUAUCGCACUUUCCACUGAGCACUACUCUGUGCAGUUUAUGUGCACAUGAUAUUAACCAAAGUAAUUUAUUAGCAAGAACCUGGCAAUGCAAGCAGCAGUUACAGACACUGAAAUUAAAAAUAUAUAUAAAUGGUCAAUCGUGUCAGUGGUUACAAUAGCUUUAAGGUGGGGAAUGUUAAAAGCAGGGCUGUUUCUUCGGCUGCACCACUUACAUUUAACACACCAGCUAAAGGCCUUAACAGUUAAAGAAAAUAACCAAUCUGGUCAUUUAUGGUCUUGAUUUUGUUUUAUAUAAAAAGGCAUUAAUAUGAGUUUAAGUCCAUUUCAUUAACAUCAAAAAACACCUCACAGGAGCUUUACGUCUGAUAAAACAGAGGAGUGCUUGCUGCAUUUGUUCUGUCUUGGUCACUGUGAAAUUUAACUUCCUGUGCAGUCACAGAAAUAAAGUGUCACUGGUCCACAUUUUUUUACAAUAUCAUAAAGAUGCACCCAAACACCCCAGUUAAUUAAUACUUCCUUGCGACGUACUCUAGUAAAAAUGUAAAACCCAGGCGAUAGUCUAAGAUAGUGUUUGAGACAAACCCUGUUCCUCGAGUGACUUAAUUGCAUAAAGAAAGGGAAGAAGCUGCAGCACCGUGGGCGAACAGCCUAAUGUACCUAAGAGAUUAGACAGCUAUGAGCUCAACAGUCACAAGCACAGACAAACUUACACCCGAUUGUGCCCAUCCCCCUCCUUUCCAACUCGGCACUUGGUUACACAACAUAUAGGGAUUACUCUUGGUAGCAUGAGAUGAGCUGCUCGAUGAGUGGCCUUUUAUCAUGGAUGCCCCUUAGUGCUGCCAGGCAAAUAGAUGGAAGAAGUAUUGAAGGAGGGGGGGUAUUCUUGGCUCGGAUUCACCUGUUGUUAAUGUAGCAUCAUGUCUCCUCAACAGUGUGAAAAACUAGACUGCACCACACCCCAAAAAAUGUGAUUAGAGGUUUCUAGAGAUCAGAUAACUCUGCAAACACGGAUGCUACUUUAUCUCUUGCAGGUGUUGAGAUUCACUAAAGGUGGACUCUCUUUUAAGUUUGGAUUGGCUAGUAUGGGACACACUGGAGUAUAAUCUGCUAGCAUUAACUUGCUCUCUAAAAAAAGCACUCUCGACAGGGAUUAGAUUAUCAUGGCAAGGUCAGCUCAGACUCGCUCGGCCUGCCUCCCUUUAUGUCUCUCCAUCACUCUGCAUCCUGUCUUUUACUUGAUCAGUUUUUCCAUCUGCAGGCCCUUACCUCUACCUUUGUAUGGCACAAGGCAAGUUUGAACAGCUGUUUGUUUCUGUUCCACCUUAAUAAAAGUCACAUUGUGCGGAAAAAUUCACAGAUUAAAUUACCAUGAUAUGAUGAUACAGUGCUCUUCAGAGGUAAAAGCCACAGUCUUACUCAUAUGGUUUGACGUGAAACAUGAACCUUUGAUAAUCAAGCUUGGCAUAAUUUCAGGACAAAAACCUCUUUCUGGUUUUAGAAGAAGCUACUUUAUGAGGACCCAAUUAAAGUUAAUAGUACAGAUUGGUGAUCAAAUUAUCCUGGAAUAUGCUGAAACAGAUGCACAAAAUUAUCAGAUAGGGAUAUAAUAUUUAAUUGGUUGUAGGGCUGGGCGAUAAGAGAAAAAGUUUAUCAAUAUAUUUUUUUUCAUAUUAGUCGAUAUUGAUAUCACGAUAUAAAAUAUGACAUUAAACAGUGAUUAUUGGAAGCAUGUCUUUUUCAUUACAAUAAGCAACUGCAUCUGUGAGGUCUUUGUUUCUCUUGGAUGUUUUGUCGUAAGGCGUUGCGUUAAAGAAAGCAGACUGAAUGGUCGGCUGUUUCGGCUGCACAGGCACCCUGGGCUCCUUACUCCACUCAGGGUUUGUAACCUUUUACAUUGCGUGUGCUCUGCUGUGUGGCACUGCUUCAGGUGGUGAAAAAGAUUUGAGGUAUUCCCUGACUGUGCGAGAACAUGUACUCGCCAUAAUUUGCAGUGCACAUUACUCUGCUUCAUGUCCGACCUCAAAAAACCAUAAUACCUCCACACCACUGACGUUUUCAUGCCAGUGUUGUCGAUGAUGUUAUCAUCUGUUGAGCCUUCAACUGCAUUUCUGCCGAGGGUAGCACUCAUUUUCUUUUUUCCUCACCAACAGUGCUGUCAGCUUCACGUGUUAAAGUGCUAUAGUUGCGUGUAGCUGCAGCCUGCUACUAUGCAGUUGUUUGCUACUUGUUUCUAAUUCAGCAAGAUUGGUUCAGUGCGAAGCGGAUCCAGAGCAACUCUCCUUUUCAUUGGCUAUUCAUAUAGUCUACCAAAACAUGGCAGAAUGGUGGUUGUUGAAAAGCGUAUUGACCAUGUCUUAUAUUGAUAUUGAGGGAAAUUAAUUUUUGAUAUAUAUUGUGAUCGUUUAUCGCCCAGCCCUAAUUGGUUGGGCCUAUUAAUUGAGUCAAUUAAUUGUAUAUCAUUGGCCAAUACAUCAGCUGAUAUGCAUGAUGCAAGACAUGCAUGAUAUUAUUGGCAUUGUAUCAAUAGAUAUGAACAUUUAUGCUGAUAUAAUUUUCAGCCAAUGUGGUGAUGCAUAACUGGUGAUGGGGAUGUGACAACUGUAUGGAAGUAUUUUGAAAUGCUGGAGACUGAUAGCGGACACAUUCCUGAAUGUCUGUAUUUGAAAAGAAUACUUUUUGCAUUUAUGGUGUUAUCGAAUGUCUAUUUUUUGUCUGUUUCCCAAACAAAUGGACUGUAACAAGAGAGUAACAUGUCAAUUCUGCUAAAAGAGAAAUUUUGAAUUAGGACUUGGUGAUUUGGCAAAAAACGGUCACAAUAUAUUUUGUCUUAUUGUCUGAUCUUCAUUAUCACAAUUUUUUUUAUUUCUUAAAACUGCCAGUUUUAACGCAUCUGUACUAAAAACUAAAGAAACUAGAGAUUAGUUCAACAUUUGAUUAACGUGCAAAGUAAAUGAAAAAGCAAGUUAAAUAAGAUUAACUUAGAAAAAUAUAAAAAACAUUUUAACUCAACAGUACAACAAAUGAAGAUAAAUACUAAAUAACACAGUAUACUAGUUUAUAUUCCUGAGCAGUGUUUCCCCCACAUUCAUUUAGCAGAAUUAUGUGCUCCGCUACUAAAAUUUCACAUGAUCAUUUAUAUCAAUGCGCCACUAAUGAUUUCUACUCACAUUGUGUGAGCACAACAACACACAGCGUUAUUUUCGAAUUGUUUUGAGUCAUCAACGAGUGCAUCAAAUCCUGUUGGACCCUCUUCCAUUAAUGUGAAGAGUAACGUUCAAUCUUAUACACCGUCUAUAUAGCGAGUGGCACGCGUAAUGUAACGUGAACGUAACAGCGUAUCUCCUUGAGCGACAAGGGAGAUACGCUGUUACCACACACACACACACACACCUAUACAAACAAUAUCAUACACCUCUAGGUUGAAAAUAUCGGCUACUCAGAUACCAGCACAAAACACUAAUGUUCAUCCACAGUUUGAAUAAUCUGGUUAUCAGAUUUCAGUAGAUAUUGUGCAUCCCUCGAUCAAGAGUAUAAGAAAAAAAGGUACUGCGCAGGCCUAGUUUGAAAAUAUUGGCAUUUCAGAUUUUCUCAAAAAUCAAAUAUCAUGCAACCCUUCUACUAACAAUUUAAUAAAGCCAAAAUUAUGCUUACAUGUAAAUUUACACAAGCAAACUUUGAUCUGUAUGUCUGUGUGUCGUUUAUAAUGGAUGAUUUGUUUACCUUUAACUUUUCUGAUUAGCAUGAUUGCCCGUUCAUGACUUCUAUCAAAUUUCAAACAUGACAGUUGGAGAACAUAAAAUAAGGAACAGUAAUUAAGAUGAGGGCGCACUCAGAUUCAUCAGAGAAUAGGGUUUGCUCUUUCUUUUAAUGCUUAACAUCAAAUUUCUCAAAUAUCAAAGACAGCAUUAAUUUGUAGUUGAGACUGAGGUGUAGGUCCUUCCUUGCUGCCAUGAUUAAGGUAAAGGAUUGAAGGGUAAGGCGAUACCUGCUUAGCGAUUUUACCCUGGAGCAAAAGAAUGACAGCUGGCAGCAGGGUCUGGAUUAGGUUUCCCAUAGGGGUAUUGCAUCUUUAACACCACAGAUCCUUUGGAGCAGAAUGGGCCGAUAGUAACCUGACUCCCUCAGACCCAUCCAAUCUCGUCUCCCCCUGUCUCAAUGGGGCAGAGCAGAAGGGAUCUGUGAACGCCUUACUCAUCCCUCCCAUCUUCCAUCUGGACAUUUUGCCUGUGUGUAGACACCAGUUCCUGCACUGGAGACAUUCAGGGUGUGAAUAUUGUACUUUAAUUCUGAAAUAAUACCUUUAGUUAUUGUUUAUACAACUGAAUGUAGAAAGGGACAUGCUGCAGAUGUAUGUAACACCUACUAAGAUGAUGACUAAGACUUUAAUACUUUAUAAUGCCCUUCUAUUUUGCUGAAUCUGGACACCCGAUAGUUGCAAUAAUAUCACACUAAAAUUGGAAAUAUUCAAACUAUAAAAGCUUUUAUCUGCUUAUUAUUGGAUUGUUUCAGCUCUGUAAAAAUCAUUUCUCUUUCCAUAUCAUUAAACAAGAACUGAACAAAAUUUCUCUUCAGAGCUUCCCUGUGCCAUUUAGGAUCUAGUAUCCUGUUGGAUUGAAUGACAUCCCCUAUAGAACAUCAGAGCAUAAAAGGAGCAAUUUGCAAGAACUAACUUUGCAUAAAAAUCCUAUAGGUGGAUGCAAACACAACGUCAUCUCUUUCCAAAAAUUACAACCCUAUGCAGUGACAUUUUAAGGUAAUUUUUCCUGCUGCACACCUAGUGGCCUGUAAAGGUGUUUGUUUCCCCGCACAGAAGCUAUUUUAUGCAAUGCAAAAAAAAAAAAAAAAACAAGUCAGCUCAACGUUUUCAACUCUCUGAACUUUGUCAUGCUCGUUAAUGUCACUUUCCCCCCACUAACCAAAGAAACUCAUGCAGAAGGGAGCGUACAAUACAAACUUUGUCCAGAACAAUGGCGGGGGUGAACCUAAUCCUGGCAGUUACUGACUUUGACCUUACUUUGGGUCAACAUGAUUAAGACAAAAAGGCCUUUUUGAUACUGAGGUCCUAGAGACAACUUGAUGCUGUCGAUUUGAAAAUUCAGUAACAGCUUUUACACUUUAUUAUAUUACAUAUUAUUAUAUUACAUUUUAUUAUAAUUAGAGCUGCACCUACUGAGUAAAUUAACACUGAUGUUUGAAAUAAGCCAUUAACCUACAGCUGACGUGUUGUGAGUCUAUUUUUUUUUAAUAAGCUGUGAGAUUACAAACUGCUUGCUGCUUAUCUUUUACAGACUGUGUGUUACUGUCGUGCUUUUUGCACACUUUAUCACAAAAAAGUCAGUCUGUUGAGCAGGGGCUCCUUGCAGUAAGGUGCAAUGGCUUUAAGAUUUACAUCUAUGUGAUGAAGACAAAGAUGGGACACUUCAGUACGCAGAGAAACAUGGUGUAUUAUUUACUAAUGUGCCAAUAUUUGCAGAUAUUUGUUAAACUGAAUCCAUCUGUGCGUCUGUAAACAUAAUGGCUUGAUUUGACUUGCAGAAAUAUGUUGAAUACAUGGAACAGCAGGAAUACAAACAUCUAAUUAUGGUUUAUGUGAUCUGCUAACAUCACUCAUCUUGUAAUGCAUCUGCAGGAACAGCAGCGUCACUGACUUUCACCUGUUCUGAUCCACCUCUUUGUCUUCAAUUUGUCUCAUUUUAAAGCUAAAAAGACUUUAAACAUUAUAUGUUGGAGUCAACUUUUGAGUGUAACUUUUUACUAAAGCAUCUUAAACAAAGCCAAACUGCUAUUUUUUAUAUAUAUAUUUGAAUAUAACCUCUCCUCUCAGCUUGUCCACCUGAUCCUUUAUUUCUCACUACAAAGCCAUGUCUAUGUUGAUUUCACCGACCCCAGGCUGGAGAGUAUAACAGUUUUCAUCCCAUUGUCACACAGGGGGGAUCUAUCUGCCCUAAGUGGAGAUGGCCUUACCCCUCACAUCUUCCUGUCUGCUCUGUCUGCUCCCCUCCCCCCAUCCAGCAACAAGCCCCUGUCCAGACCCCAGUCUCCUGACCUAAUCUGGAUGAUUAAAUCAUUUUUCUUUAGCUCAAAUUUUGUCCCCCCGCUACUCUUGUCCAGUAGUCCUUGUGCACCCUCCCAUAUUGAUCGUCAUACUGAGGAGAUUACCCUAAUAGCUGGGAUUACCUCCCCACAUGUUGGUUGGCUACAUACACAGGGGGGAGGGGGGGAGCAUGGUGCCUGUUGUGCAUGAUGUGCAAGUGUAUGGACACAGGGUGGGAGGACUGGUGGAGGAAGAAUUAAAUAAUCUGGGCUUGUUUAUUGUGUGAAAACAUGGCAGAGCUACGGCUUCUAUCAUGUUUGCUGCUCUUAUUGUAAUCAAGAGUGUUUAAACAGUCCUUUUAAAGUCAUGGGACAGCAGCUUUUUGGCAGAGAGGCAGACAAAUAAAACCCCAAAGACCCUCUUGACACAAAUAUGCUAUUAUGCUUAUUUACUCUGCACAGUUAGGAGUUUGGAGAGGGAUGGCAUCACCAAAAAAAGCUGUUUACUUAUGAUGAAACAGUUAAAAUAACAACUUCAUAGUGCUAAUUUUAGGGCUGAUAAGUUUUUUGAGUUCAAUUAUCACACAAAAGGACCAAAACUACUGGGAUGUACAUAUUCACUGUGAGGAUUCGCUGCUUUUCUUAAUGCAAACUUUAUCUGAAUUUUAAGCUCAUGAUCGGGAAAAUCUGUCAAUAUACGAAUGUAAAUGGUAAAAAUGACAAAAUUAAAGAAAAUUAUCACUAUUUACUGACCCUUAUUACAUGUAAUGAUAACUCAAAAGUUGAAACAGAAUAGACUUUAAUAGCACUGCUGUUUACUAAUCACCCUUUCACAGCCUAAAGCCCUGACAACACAAACUAAACCUGUCCCAUCCACAUGUUUGACACCAGCUCUCUUGGACUCUUAGUUCAAUGGCAGCAGGGUGUGAGGUCUUUGUGUUUACGGCUCCUAACAAGUGCGUGAGUUUAAGUGGCUGAAAUCAAGAUGUUUUAUCCGCAAAGAAGCAGAAAGAGAGAGAGAAACGGAGGGAGACUGAAGGCCAUUCAGACAGUGCAGAGAAAAGGAAUUCCGUUAAUCCGCCGCUGAUCCGGUACAAUGGCAGCCUUGUUGUCUGUCCCGUUUGCACUCACUUACCACAAGUUUGCGUGCUUUUAAACUGUGCACCGACAACCGGCAGUCAGCUGUGCCAAACCCGCAUUUGAAACCGUAUCAUGACCCCAAAUUUAGGUAGUGAUACUGAGAAGGUGGGACGCUCGCGCAGGGGGGACUUGUGACAAUUGCUCGUAGCAGUCUUCCCUACUCACGACUUGGCCGAGUGUUUCACUCCAUCUGACAUCCCUAUUUGCGAAUAACUAACCACUCUUUAGGGCUGGAGUUAACUUUCACCCACAAAAACUCACUUAAAGAGCCCCCACGCGUGUACAAACUGACUCAGCAUCCCGUUUCCUCUCUCUUUUGUUAGUUAACCGUCAUUUCGCUUCACUCUUACCUCACAGGGGUGAACGUUAGGCGGCAGGUCGCUCCUGAAGGAAUCCCAUCACCAGCGACAAAAAGGCGAAAAAACUGCCGAGCUCGAUUCAAAACAUGCACGCUUCUCAUGUAAUCCUUCAGACGAGUGUUAAUCUUUGUCCUACCGGGUUGAACUUCGGUGUCUCUCAAUCACAGCGGUGCACCUGAACCGCAGUCCAGUCCAGUCCUCCUACUCCUCCUCCUCCGCAGCAGCAGCAGCCGUCGUUGUUGGGGACAUAAGUGACGCGAGAGAUAACGUUAUAACGUUAAUAACGAGGCCGAGUGAUCCCUGCGACGCUGCCCCAUUCAUCACUGCUGAGCAGAAAGGAGUGAAAAGGCGCGGGAUAUUUAUGUUCGGUUUACUCGAGUUUACUCAGGGAUACGUGAUUAAUAAGAAGGUAAACGUUAUCUAAUAGGCUAACAGCCUCUAACUUGUGGUCUUUAAGGGCAUAUCAAACCUGCAGCCUCAUAAGAUAUUACACUGAUUCAAAGUUCAUUAUAAGAUAAGAAAAAAAACUUAUUGAUUUAUCAAUACCAUAAGCUUUGUCAAUAAUGAUUAAGACUUAAAGCUCCUGUGAGGAUUUUUUUUUAUUUUACAUAGUAAAAAAAUAGACUUAAAGCUCCUGUGAGGAUUUUUCUAUUUUACAUGGAUAAAAAUGGACUUAAAGCUCCUCUGAAGAUUUUUUAUUUUACAUAGAUAAAAAUAGACUAAAGUUCCUGUAAUUUUUUUGUUUGUUAUUAUCAUUAUUAUUUAGUUUUUGUUUACAUAGAUUAAAAAAAGAGGACGCUCAUGUGGGGAGUUUUUAAACACAUCAACAAAAAAUAGACAUAAAGCUCCUGUAAGUUAUUAUUGACAUAAAACAAAAAUAGACUUGAAACUCCAGUGAGGAUUUUUUGUUUGUUUGUUUGUUUUCACAUAAAAGAAAUAAACUCAAAGCUCCUAUGGGAAGUAAUUUUUUUAUUUUGACAUCAAAGAAAUAAUCUUAAAGCUCCUAUAAGGAUUUUUUUUUUUUACAAUAAUGAAAUAAACAGUACUUUAAGCUUUUCACAUAAAUCAAAACAUUUAAAGUUGUUGUGGGUAUUUUUUUCCCCUCGUAAGACUAAUAAAGGAGUAUCUUAUCUCUCUUUUUUUACAAAAAUAAAAUAGACUAAAAGGUAAUUUCAUGAUUUUUUACAUAAUAUAAUCUGAAAAUAAAAAUAGGAUGAAUCUAUUCACAGCCUACAAAAUCACCAUGUAGAGUCAGUGAGAGAGUGAGUUAACAAUUAAGCAAUUAUGUGACUUCUAUGUAAUCCCUGAUUGGUAGAAGUGGUGACGUUACAGCUCUCCCCAUGUUAUAAAUAUCCCUGGUCUCCCCUAUUUCCUAAUUUCUCCUGCUCGAUGGAGAAAUCAGGUUUAAUUUUCUCACCCUUGUAGAAUUGUGUUUGACCCCUCAGUAGUUAUUUGUAGCUCAGCACUGCUGAUGAUUUAGUAUCUUUAAGCUUACUAUAUUUAUCUUACUAGUGUAAGUCUGCUUCACUUUUCUAGUAAAUCCAAGUACUAAUAUGGGCUUUUUUGCUUAAAAGCUUCUCCCCUCAUGGUGUCUCCACAGGCUCACGCUGCCUCAUUGUCAGGUCGGACAUUUGUCACCAGAGGGCUCCCUUUAACCGAGGAUCACAGGGUGUAGUGGAGGGAGCUGUUUCAGGCCUCCUCUGGUUUUUGAUACAGUUAAGUACUGUCGUCUUGCUGCACAAAGGGUAGCAACAAAGUCCUGCUGUCACUCUUUAUUCAUUCUCCUGGCAAACCUCUUUAUCUACUCUGGAAACUGCUGAGAAAUGCACAUAUAACAUGGAUGUUGGCAGCGUCAGUUUUGUCUUUCUUUGACUAGACAGCACGAAAUUACAGCUUUCUCAUAGUAAUUUCUAAAAUAAGAUUAAUACUAGGUCUUACCAUUUUGCAAAAUCCCAGUGAUCUAAUAAUAUUACAUGAAAACUUGUGUUUAAUAGUCAUUACACAGUCUUUUAGGUUGGGUUAGAUGAGCAGUGUUUUGAAAGUUAUGAAUUUCUUUUUCUAAAUUAAAUGUGGAUUUGUGCAUAAAAGUGAUCAACAGUGCCUCUAAUUUCAUGCAACUUUAAUAAAAACACAUUAAAAUAAAACAGCAACACAGUAGUGUUGGGGGAGGGGCCCUUAUGUCUUAAAAAUCACAGUGAAAAGUGCCCUCAGAUACUCCUGACAUACAUAAAACUGCAUAAAAUCUCGGCUGCACUUUCUGUGGAAAAUGCCUGAAAAACAGCUCAUUUAGCUGCUCUUCCACAGGAUGAAACAUGAAAGAGUGUCCUUUGCCUGUCAUUCCACUUUAUUAAAUAUAAUAAAGUGAUAGCUGGAUAUCUUUCCUGUAUGAAAAAAUACAAAUAGCGCCCUCUGCAUGCCCUUCCAGUAAAAAUGUAAAUAGUGUUCCCAGGAUGCCCUCCCUGUAAAAUUUAUGUAGAUAAGGGGAACUUUUCUUUGUGGAUAAGUAUCCAAACAGAUGCCUAGAUGCCUUUCCUGAACAUGGCCGCCUGGAUACUGAAGUUAAGACUAAAAAGUGCCUUCUCUUGUUGGCUUUCCAGUAUAUCUUUUACAAAAGACAGAUACCUGGAUGUAUUUCCUGUGUAUAAAAUGUAGAGAGAAUGCUUUUCAGAUGUCUGUUGAGCAUAAAAAGUGUAAAAGGUCCCCCAUGGUUGCCCUUUCAGUAAAUUAGGGUUUAAAAGUAUCCUCUGGAGGACUGUCUGAUAAAUGUAGAACACAAAAGUGCCUUCUGGAUGCCCUUCCUGUAUAUAAAAUGUAUUAAAAUGCCCUCUGGGUGUACAUCGAGUAAAAUCGAUGGAAUUAAAUCCCCCCUUGUUGCCUAUACUUUUAAACAAAAAGUGCCACCUGGAUCCCCUACGUGUAUAUUAAACCUCUCUCUGGAUCUGGUCCAUAUCAAGUGGUUUUUCUGUUUCACUUGAAAAAUUGAGCAAUUUCAGAUUUAAAAGUCCAGUUGAAAUUUUUUGCAUUUAAGAUAAACGCUCUACAGAAGUAACUAGAGCUCAGUGCUGCAUUAAAAAAGUGACAGGAUUAACCUGACAACUGCUCUCACUUGUUUUAUUAUAUAAAUAAACAUAUUCUUAUUAAGGACCUCUAUUCUGGGCCUUUUGUGGCUGUUCAUGAAAAACUGCUGCAGUUUUCUCCUGACUGUGUUAAUGGUCCUGAAGUAAACAUAAAUCUGUUGGCACAGAGGACGAAAGAUGUUUCUGCCAUGACAACAUAAACACUGUAGGAACACUGCAUGUUUUGUUCUGUUAGUUAUGAAAAUGGCUCAGCAUAGACAGAUUAGCAUUAAUCAGCUCCUCUACUCUUCCGCCUAUUCCCCGAUAAUCUGAUUUAGUCAUUCACUGCUGAUGUGUUUUCCACUAUCAACCAUUUAUAAUGAAGAGUCAUCUGUGCUCCUCAGUCAAAUCUGAAAGCAGCUUCCCUGACACUAACAUAGACAGAACUUGAUGUAUUUUUAUCUUUCUGCAAGAUUUUUUCUUGACUUUAAGGUCUAAGUGUUUUUAAAACCUUUCUCAUGGUUAAGAGAGGCAUAAAUGUGGACUGAAGAGAGAAAAUGCCCCUACUACAAAUGCAUGGGUAUAUAUAAGAAGUUAAAUUAUGAACUUUGGCAAUCUUUCAACAUUCUGACCUGGAUACACUGUUUUAGUAAGACAGAAAAAUGCAUUUUACAAUAAAUCUGAAAAAUUAUUGGUUCAAUUUGGAGGAUUUGACUUUUGGAUGGAAACUGCUAAAUAAAAUAAACUCAGUUAAGGUAGCAAAAUACAUAAAAAUUUGUGAUUUAUGUUCACGAUGCAGUGUUCGGAAAAAAAGCAAAAGAUGUGAGAGUUCAGUUAGCAGUUUAAGUGAGUAUGAGAUGACACAUGCACAGAUAGUUCACCUGUUUUUGUCAAAAUCCUCUAAAUUUGCCUUGCCGGUGUUCAUAUGCUAAUCCAGUAAAACUGGAGGACAAGUUUCAAAAAAUUAAAACUCAGGAUCUUAGCAUUUGCACUUUGCUGAAAUGAGGGGUUUCCAGACUGAUUAUGCAGAGUGAGAAUCUGCACAGGGUGGAGCAUGAAUCUGGGAUGAGUGACAUCUACCUCACUGUCACUGUCCGCCUCUGAACUAACUCCAUAGUGCAGUCGGUCAUCUGGCUCCAAGAAAACUUAAUGCUUGCUGAAAAUUUAAGUCCUCAAUGAGAAUCAGGUAAGAUUUUAUUUUUGUAAACAGCUGUGGACAAUCUAUAGAGUCUUAAGGCAUUUGGAGCGCAGUCAAGCGUCAGAUCAGAAAACCGAAAAAGGAAUAUACUGAGUGAUUUUAUUGCAAUGCUAUAUGUGUAUUUGAAUUUUUUUUAUUUCCAUAUUUUUUUUAUUUUUUUAACAGGGGCAAAUGCAUGAGAAAUUGCUCCCUAAUGCAAACAAAGUAUGCGCGAUGCAAACAGGUUUGUAGCCAUGUCUAAUGUGCAACCGCUCUGCUUGCAAGAUAAAACAGAAAUUACAGCGUAUGGAGUUUUAAAAAAAGAUGGCGACACAAACAAUGACCACUUUUUUGAAGUAUGCAUGAGGUGCAAUUAUGUUUGUAUGUGUUUUUAAACUGCGCAGAUAGUGCACACAGACUGGCUGUUAUAUAUAUUUUUAUCCUCUUACUCAGAAAGUGAAUGACCAAAUGUUGGCCUUUGAUUUGCAGCCAAACAGUUUCCAUUUUCUGCACCUUUACUUCUGAUUCAGCUACUUUAUUUAUUUACUAGCUGACAGAGUAUUUCUUGUAUAAUAUUACCUUAUAGAUGUGAUUGUUGUUUGUUUGACUCUGAGAGGCUGUGCAAAAAGAUAAGUGGGAAAAUAUAAACGUAUUGCGCGCAUUAAUGCUGUCACAGUAUAUGAUUUUUACCUCAUGAUUACUGUGACCUUGUUAUCUAAGUAAUUAUGGAAAACUUGACAAUAAAAAAAAACUCAACAAGUAUUAGUGAGGAAAGGCAAGGCGAGGGUGGAGCAACACUUUGCUAAUGAGAGCAAUUAACUUACAGUCAUCAUUCAUUUCUGAUGAUGUUCAGAUUUAUAAUUAAUCCACAUCUCUAGCCCUGUGACUGGAACUUCUUUGGAGAAGACAGCAUCUCGUGAAAUGAUUGUUUGUCACGCUUUUCUUUUGAUAUUUUUGUCCAUCCUGCAUUUAGGCUGCUUUCUCUUUUGUUGCAAAAAUAUGCUUUUAUUUCAAGUUGGCUACUUUUAGUAGAUGGUAAGAAACAGAAUUGAAUGAAAACAGUUUAAAAAAAAUUAGAAAGUGUAUAAUUCAUUAGUAACCUGAACAGGCAGGAGCUCUAAUGUUGUUUUCAGAUUCAAAAUAAAUCUCUGAAUUUCAGAUUUUUGGUGACUAAGCAGCUGUUGCUCCUUCUCCUUGUAUCCUCUGAUGUAUGACUGCUUCAGGGACCCUUACUUUGAACUCAUGGUAUUACCAUAGACUUGUUUUUAGCAGGAUAUUAAUGUUUCAUUUUAGCAGUUAUUGUUAAUACCAGUACUUUGAGACAGCUGCAGGCUACAGAAACUCAUGCGCUGUCUGUCCUGGGAAACUCCCUGAACCCCAACAGAAUAAGAACAGAUGUGUAAAAAAAACAAAGCGGUCAUGUUGUUCAUAGUAAAGGUACAAAGCUGUAAAGUUGUCGGUGUUUUCAUCUUUGUUGGUAAGCCCCUCGUUGACAAGUUUGUCAAUUGUUUUGGUAGCUGAUGUAAUAGGUCAACCAGUGGUGUAGUCUACAUGAUACGCAGGUAUACACUGUAUACCCAUUAGAAAAGUACGCAAAUUUCCAUAAGCCCAUGAGAAAAUGUGCAAAGGUACAUAACAACCAGAGUUCUGACAACAACUGCACAGCUAUUUGCAGUAACUUGUUACUUUUUCAUUUUCAUAACAUCUUCAGUUAAGGUAAUUUUGAAGGACCAGACCCUCUACCUAUACAGCCAUAGCACUGGCGCUAUGUUUUCUAUGCCCUAAGUGUUAUCACUGUAACACCGUCAAAAUUUGUCUGAUCAGAAAAAUUUCAAUGGUGUUGGAAAUCUGAAAGCUGUGGGCAUGUGCAUAUACAAUUUACUACGGUAGUCAUAACCAUAUGAGGUAGGCUUUCAUUGCAAUACACAGGAAGUAUCAGCGGAGCGCUACACAGCUUCUUGACCCCUUCGACCCUAAGCAUAUUUUAAGGAAAAAAAACGCUUAAAAGACAUACCCAAAGUAAAUUAGGAAUUACAACACUUUACUAAAGGUUAUAUGCAUGUUCUUGGUGUCCUUGGACAUCUAGAGACUUCAGAGAAUGUGUUCCAAGUGUCAGAAGUGUUUUAUCUGUCAUUAUGCCUGAGUAAAUUGGAAUAAAUCCGAGGAAAAGUUAUGUUUUUUUUUUAUCCUUGCCAAAAUGUUUUCUUUUUUUGACAGGGGAAAACACAAUGCUGGCAAUGAUUCCAGGCCCCCAGAUGCCAUUGAUUAGCUUCAUCCACUCCUUGACCACAAAUGUACCAAAUUUGAUAGAAUUUGGGCAAACAGUAAAGCCUACAUGAAGGUUUUUGUAAGGGUACACCCAGGCGAGGACUCAGUUUGGCACAAUUUGGCACACUUUGUGAGAAAAUGUACCAAAUGGAUUAUUUUCUACCUCUGAUGAGAACUGGCUCCAAAUUACUAUUUAUUUCCAUAAGACUAGUCUCCUACUACCUAUUGGAGCUUUUAAAUAUGAACUUUACCUUUUGCCUCAUCAAUUUCUACCAUUCUGCACAAUAUAUUUGUUUAUAUGUAAUACAGAAUAGUGAAAAAUAACAGGAACUUCUACAUUUCUUUCUUCACAGGGAGUAUUUUUAUUUGAAAAAAGUGCAAAAAGAGAAACAAACAUUCUGUGCAAACAAUUUAAAAUAAAAAGUAAAAGUGCAACAAAUAUUGUAAAUUAAAAACAAUAUAUAACAAUAUAAAAUACAGCAAACACAGGUAGAGUAAAUUAAAUGUAAUGAAUACAUAUAAAUGCAUAAUUGUGCCUCACUCCCCUCCUCUUGGUGGCUGUGAAAAUGGUGAUCAAUUACUAUAGAGAACAAAAAUAAAUAACAUUUGUACAUUUCACUGAAGGACACAAAAGUUGUGGAUAUAUGUGAACUUAUUCACUAAAUUGAGUAGUCAUGACCUCUACUAUAUUUUGUUUGCAUUCAUAUGUACUUCUUUUUUUUUUGUCAUAAAGAAUAUAUUCGAAGACAGAUCAAAUGCAGUAUCUGCAAGCAAAGUAAGCCCAAAAUAAACAGAUAUAGUGAAACUGCAGUAAUAUUCAAUGCUAUUGGAUUGCCAUACUUACUACAGUGUUUACAAUUUUAUGACAAAGGUGUUCCAUGCAUAUCAAUUUACACAACACGGCCUUAUAGAUAAAUGCAAAUACUUACUAGUAAACUGGGUCCUCGGAGCCGACGCCAUUACUGAGUCAGACGAGUCCUGAAAUUCACCGUUUGAGCCCUGCUGAAUUUCUAAUAAAAUGUCCGCCAUAUCCCUCUAAGAGUUGAAUGUUUCUUUUCCUGGUUGAAAAGUACUCAAGAGAAGUUUUAUAAGUGGUGGAGAAAGUUUACGGGGGGUUACUUCUUUCCAUAGUGAAGGCAAUCCGUCAGUUGAUUUUUGCCUGGUGUUUGUAAAGUGGAACGAGGACUGUAGUCCAGUUAAACCAAGCUUUGACCACAGCUCAACUUCACUGUGCAUGUGGUUGUUCUGACUGAAGAUAAACUUCAGUUAACCCCAUUUCUUCUCCUCACUUCUCUUUCACUUAUUUCUUAAAGACUGGUGCAAUGACUUCACCAAGAGUUUUCAGAAAACAAUUAUAACAUGACAUGGCAUACUUAAAUUCAGUUCAUUGUCUCUUUAUUCUGUUUUCAUUCUCACCUGCCAAAAAAAAAUGGACAUUGACCAACUAGUUAUUGACUUGUAUAACUCACAGAAAAAUUAGAAAAUAAGCCAGUCCAAGGAGUUAUUGCAAAAUGCAUCAGUAAUCUGUCAAUGCAUUUACCCAAACCUCCUGUUAGGAGUUUUUUAUGGUUGAGAAAUGCACCAAAAUUUGUACUGAUGCCAGUUUAUGACAUACAAAAACAAACAAAACCAUCAGGGACAAAAUCGAUGGUUAAAUAUUGUGAGUUUUAAUGCCUGAAAUUGCAGCGAGGGGGUAGGUGUCAGUGAAACAGGUGAAGAAACAGUCCUGUUUUGACAUUAUCCUCCUACGAUGUUCACAAUAAAUGAUGCAUGUCAAUUCUGAGUUUUACCUGACUUAAAUGCAGAUAUCAAACUUUUCAUUUUUUCAGCUUUAAUAGGUGAAAUAAAGUUUGUUUUCACAGCCUCUUCCCUUUUGUAGAUGUUCCUUUAAAGCUGCAGGGUGAUCAUCUUCUGUGGGUAACACUUGGUGAAAUUUGUUUAUCUGCUGGGACUAAUGUACUUAUUUACUCAUAAGCUGCAGCGCCUAUUAUGUAAUAAUCAUUUCCUCUCUCCUUGCAGGGAACAGAUGACUGUCAGCUAAGAAACAGACAACCAUAACUUUCAUUUAUUACCGGCCUAAAGAAGAACAAGCAAAAACAUCUCAGCAGGAUCACCUUGAGGGUUUGAAAAUGUCAGACUCUGACUCAAAGACACUGGAGUUCUUCAGCAGCAUCCUGAACAGCUGCCCUUCAUGUAACAGCUCCUACUUUAUUUUACACAACACCAGCCUGGAUGGUGGGCUGGAGAUCCUGGAUGAUGGGUCCCCCUGGUUAAGAAUCACCAUCUCUGUGGUGUACUUUAUUGUUGCCACAGCAGGAGUGUUGGGCAACUUGCUGGUGAUGUUCCUCAUGUAUUCCACUCACACUAUCAACACAGGAACCAUCAAUUUCUUCGUGUUCAACCUGGCUUUGGCUCACUUAUUAUUCUCCCUUGCUUUGCCGUUUUGGGCAGUGGACAUUGCACUCGACUACAGCUGGCCUUUUAACUUGGCCACAUGCAAAGCCGUGUCCCUCCUCACUGGACUCAACGUCUUUGCAAGCUGCUUUUUCCUCACAGCUAUGAGUGUGACCCGUUACUGCUCUGUGGCCACAGCUCUCAAACCGAGGGCCUCCCUGUGCAGCAGAUCCUGCACCUCCCCGGUGGCGACAGCGUUUAUCUGGGCUGGGGCUCUCAUAGCAGCCAUACCAAGAGCUGUUUUUGCAGAUCUGAAAAAUGUGGGGAGUGGAAAUGACACAGCAUGCCUGCUUCGCUUCCCAGAUGGCACAGCCUGGCUUGGGAUAAACCAGCUCCUGAGAGUGUUGCUGGGAUUUCUGCUCCCCUACACGACCAUCAUCCUCUCCUAUCUGCUUCUCCUACGCUUUCUCUGCAGGCAUAAACUGAAAGGCAGCAACUCUCGGAGAAAAGCUGAUAUUUCAAAGUCUGUUGCUGUGGUGGUGUUGUCUUUCUGUGCCUGCUGGUUCCCCUACAACAUCCUGACACUGUGGGGCGUCAUGAUCCAGCUCGAUAUAGUUGAUAUCAGUCCCUCCUUUUACUUGGCUCAGACCUACUUCUUCCCUCUUGCAAACUGCCUGGCGUUCACCAGCAGCUGUUUCAACCCUGUCAUCUACUGCCUGGUGAGGAAAGAGUACCGUCUGGCUCUCCGUAAUGUGCUCUACAAACUCAGUAUGGCUGUCAUGUCCAAGAUGCCGUACGGUAUCAACUCAGAGGAGAGGUCAGGGCAGAGGCAGCUGGCCAUCCAACUCAACAGUGUUCACCGCCAUACUGACGGGAAGAGAUACACACCUCUGUCUGCCCUACCGACAGAUGUGUCGAUGCUGUAA